AUGCCGCCAGAAGCGGCAGAGGAAGCGGGCAAGGAACAGGGCCCGGCCGGCGGCGUCGGCGAGACAGUCCACGCCCCGUCCGUCUUCAAGUCGCUCGGCUGGCUCGACCGCUACCUCGCCCUUUGGAUCCUCGUCGCCAUGGCCGUCGGCAUCGUCAUCGGCAACCUGGCGCCGCAGUCGCAGCAGAUCCUGCAAAAGGGUCGCUUCGCCGGCGUCUCCGUUCCCAUCGCCGUGGGCUUGCUCGUCAUGAUGUAUCCCAUCCUGUGCAACGUGCGCUACGAGUCGCUGCACAUGAUUCUGCGGCAAAAGAGCUUGUGGAGGCAAAUCGGCUUUAGCAUCCUCGUCAACUGGCUCAUUGCUCCCUUUUUCAUGCUCGCGCUUGCUUCGGCCUUUCUCCCCGACGAGCCGGACCUGCGGAGCGGCCUCAUCCUCGUCGGCCUCGGCCGCUGCAUCGCCAUGGUCCUCAUCUGGAACAGCCUGGCCGGCGGGGACGCAGAGUACUGCGCCAUCCUCGUCGCCGUCAACUCGCUGCUGCAAAUGAUCCUCUUCGCCCCGCUCGCCGUCCUCUUCAUCGGCGUCAUGCGCCGCGACGGCGGGCCCGCCAUCCGCACCCUGUCCUACUCCGUCGUCGCGACCAGCGUCGGCGUGUUUCUCGGCAUCCCGCUGGGCGCGGCCAUUGUGACCCGGCUGGGCCUGAGGAGGCUCGCCGGCCCGACGUGGUACGAGGGCGUCUUUAUGCGCCUGGCCUCGCCGUGGUCGCUCGUCGGCCUGCUCUACACCAUCAUUGUGCUCUUCGCAGCCCAGGGCCAGCACGUGGUCCGCCAGAUCGUCUCCGUCGUCCGCGUUGCCGCGCCCCUGGUCGUGCUCGGCUUCGGGUACCGCCUCAGCUGCACGCAGAGCUUCACCGCGGCGAGCAACAACUUUGAGUUGGCCAUUGCCGUUGCCGUGGCCACGUUUGGGGCUGACAGCGACGAGGCGCUGGCGGCGUCUGUUGGGCCGCUCAUCGAGGUGCCCGUGCUGAUAGCGCUCGUCUACCUGGUCAAGUGGCUCGGCAGGCGGUGGCGUUGGAAAGAUUGA